AGCAUGCUGGGAAAAGUCAUGGGAACGAACUGUGAGCAGGUGAAAUCCAAUCCCGGUGACCUAUCUUUGUGUUCGUAGGUGUGGAUCUGGUCAAAAGCCAAGUUUAUCAACAGGAAAUUUCUCAUGGAGGAACUUUACCAGCGCUUUCUGGAUGGAGAAGACAGCCACGUGGCUCAGGAAGAUGACCCCUUCUGGGACCCUGUCGAGGUUGUCCACUUGGGCUCAGCCCACAUCUGGCUCCAGUCGCUGGCCUACUCCAUGAAGCUGGAGGAGCAGGUGGAGUUCAUGAACUGCGAGGGGGAGGAAGAGGCCGUGGUGCACGUCUGCGUGACUCCCUGCUCCCCGGCGGGACGGUGGGUGUCCCCUCUCUACCCGCCCCCCCCAGCCCGGCCCUGGCAGAAAACUCCCAGCAUGCCUGCGCUCUCCUGGAUGAGCUGGUCAGCACGGUGUCCCCGAAUAGCUCAUUCAGUCACGAUUUGGCCCCAGCAAAUCUGAUUUUUGCCACGGCGGCCAAAUCGGCAGGCCCGGAAUAUCUCAGGUCCUCGCUGAUGUGGCCCGAGGGCUGGAAGAAAGCAGAGUUUCCAGCUCGUCCCUUCUCCAUCCGUGGUACAGGCUCCCAUGGGUUUU